AUGGUGAAGCUCGCUGCCAAGUGCCUGCUGGCAGGAGAUCCAGCUGUGGGUAAGAGUGCUUUAGCCCAGAUGUUUUGCAGUGAUGGGGCUCAUUUUCAGAAGAACUACACACUGACAGCAGGAAUAGAACUGUUGGUGAAGGCUGUAUCAGUUCCAGAGACAAGUGAUAGUGUGGUUUCUUGGCAAGAGCCUUCUUUCUGUUUCCGCUUUCAGGAAUUCUUCAUUUUUGACUCUGCAGGAAAAGAUCUAUUUUCCGAAAUGCUGGAGAAACUGUGGGAGCAGCCCAACGUCCUGUGCCUUGUGUAUGAUGUCACUAAUGAGCAAUCCUUCAACAACUGUAACAAAUGGCUGGAGAAGCUGAGGGCUCAAGCAGUUGGGAUGCACAUCCCAGGUGUCGUAGUGGGGAAUAAAACAGAUCUAGCUGAUCGUCGAGUUGUGGAGCAGGAACAAGCACAGGAGUGGGCUGAGAAGCAUGGCCUGGAAUACUGUGAGAUGUCAGUGAAGGAAAUGAAAAAUUUUGAGGCCCCUUUCCACAUCCUGGCAAAGUUAUUCCACCAACUGUACAAAGAGAAAGUGGAAACUUUUCACUCACUAGCCUGACUGGUAUGAUUUAUUUAUCCUCAAAGCUGCUAAUGC